GCUCGCCGCUGCGGUGGAGCUCCAGCCGCUCGGCGAGCCUUAUUGAUCUGAAGGGUAAAUGUGGAGGGAGCCACAGAGAGGGGUCCAGGCGGUUCUGAGAAGAGAGGCAGCGGCUUCCAGGAAGAAAGUGGUGUCCGCGGGCUGCCCGGCCUGGAGAGCCUUGUGUGAAUGAGAGGGGACAAAACGCAAGGCAGUGCGUGGCUACAGUGAUUCAGAAGGGGAAGCGAGAGAGAGGCAGAGCGAAGGGUCUCACCUUGGGUGCAAGGCUGGGUUGUUGCCUCCUGCUGCCGCCGCCUGUCCACCGUGCCGAGGUUCCUGCAGCCUGCCGUUUCUGCUGCCAGCUGCUCCACUUCCAAUCCAGCUGAAAAGAGCAGUGGAAGAUAGCCCAAGUUUUUGGGCCCCUGAACACCCUUGGGAGAUCUGCAAGAAGUUCCUGCUUUGGCUUUGGCCUGGCCCAGCACUGGCUGUUGCAGCCAUCUGGGAGUGAACCAGCAGAUCUCUGUCACCUAACUGGUUGGAUUUCUUGGGGAAUAUAUUCAAGUUGGAAAUGAAUAGCAGUUUGGACUUUUAAAGGAUGCCAGCCUUCUUAGAGACAGUGAGCAGCUCCACAUAAACACGGGAGGAACACAGUAGCAGCUACUUGGAGGGUGUUGAUUGAAAACUUCGAUCUCCCCACCCCAUUCACGGUUGAUUUGCCUGAUUUCUCACCUCCACCUCCUUCACAGAGAAUAUUUCAAUUAAGGUACAGUCAUAGACAGUGAGAGAGAGACAGAGAGAAAGGUCUUCCUUCCAUUGGUUCACUCCCCAAAUGACCACUGCAGCCGGAACUGCGCCGAUCCAAAGCCAGGAGCCAGGUGCUUCCUCCUGGUCUCCCAUGUGGUGCAGGAGCCCAAGCACUUGGGCCAUACUGCACUGCCCUCCCAGGCCAUAGCAGAGAGCUGGACUGGAAGAGGAGCAACCAGGACUAGAACCCAACACUCAUUUGGGAUGCCAGCACUGCAGGCAGAGGAUUAACCAAGUGAGCCAAGGUCCAUUUAGAUGGAAUAUAAUACAGCAGCAAUAUCAAAAGGAUUAAUGUCUGUGUGGUCAUUUCUGCAAUAAAACAGAAAGCUCAGUGGUUAAGGCCACAGACACCUCAAACCUGGAUCCCACAAGUCUGCCUUAAGUGCUGGAGUUUUUAUUACUCUGUGUAGGAAAGCCUUUGCCAAUGCUUACAAGGAACUGUUUAUCACUGCUUCUCUGGGUCCUGUUUGAUGGAGGUCUCCUAACACCACUUCAACCACAGCCACGGCAGACUUUGACCACAGAACCAAGAGAAAAUGUUCUCCGCCUGCCAGGACGACGAUUACAUUUUCAACGAGUUAAACGUGGCUGGGUAUGGAAUCAAUUUUUUGUGCUGGAGGAAUACAUGGGCGCCGAGCCUCAGUAUGUUGGAAAGCUCCAUUCUGACUUGGACAAGGGAGAGGGCACUGUUAAAUAUACCCUCUCAGGAGAUGGUGCUGGCACAGUUUUUACCAUUGAUGAAACCACUGGGGAUAUUCAUGCAAUAAGGAGCCUGGAUAGAGAAGAAAAACCUUUCUACACCCUUCGUGCUCAGGCUGUGGAUAUCGAAACCAGGAAGCCUCUGGAGCCUGAAUCAGAGUUCAUCAUCAAAGUUCAGGACAUUAAUGACAAUGAGCCACGGUUUUUGGAUGGACCAUACGUUGCCAGUGUUCCAGAAAUGUCUCCUGUGGGUGCAUAUGUGCUCCAGGUCAAGGCCACCGAUGCAGAUGACCCCACCUAUGGAAACAGUGCCAGAGUCGUUUACAGCAUCCUUCAGGGACAACCUUAUUUCUCUAUUGAUCCCAAGACAGGUGUUAUUAGAACAGCUUUGCCAAACAUGGACAGAGAAGUCAAAGAGCAAUACCAAGUACUUAUCCAAGCCAAGGAUAUGGGAGGACAGCUGGGAGGCUUAGCUGGCACAACGAUUGUCAACAUCACCCUCACUGAUGUCAAUGACAAUCCUCCUCGAUUCCCCAAAAGCAUCUUCCAUCUGAAAGUUCCUGAGUCUUCCCCUGUUGGUUCAGCUGUUGGACGAAUAAGAGCCGUGGAUCCUGACUUUGGACAAAAUGCAGAAAUUGAGUACAAUAUUGUUCCAGGAGAUGGGGGAAACUUGUUUGACAUCAUCACAGAUGAGGAGACACAAGAAGGAGUCAUCAAACUGAAAAAGCCAUUAGAUUUUGAAACAAAGAAGGCAUAUACAUUUAAAGUAGAGGCCUCCAACUUGCACCUAGAUCACCGGUUCCACUCGGCAGGCCCUUUUAAAGACACAGCCACAGUAAAGAUCAGCGUGCUGGAUGUCGAUGAGCCCCCAGUUUUUAGCAAGCCAUUGUACACUAUGGAGGUGUACGAAGACACUCCCGUCGGGACCAUCAUCGGUGCUGUCACAGCGCAAGACCUUGAUGUGGGCAGUAGUGCCGUUAGGUACUUCAUAGAUUGGAAGAGUGAUGGGGACAGCUACUUUACAAUAGAUGGAACUGAAGGAACCAUCGCCACUAAUGAAUUACUGGACAGAGAAAGCACUGCACAGUAUAAUUUCUCCAUAAUUGCGAGUAAAGUUAGUAAUCCAUUAUUAACCAGCAAAGUCAACAUAGUGAUUAAUGUCCUAGAUGUCAAUGAAUUUCCCCCAGAAAUAUCUGUCCCAUAUGAGACAGCUGUAUGUGAAAAUGCCAAACCAGGACAGAUAAUUCAGAUAGUCAGUGCUGCAGACCGAGAUCUUUCACCUGCUGGGCAGCAGUUCUCCUUUAGAUUAUCACCUGAGGCUGCCAUCAAACCAAAUUUUACAGUCCGUGACUUCAGAAACAACACAGCUGGAAUUGAAACCCGAAGAAAUGGAUACAGCCGCAGACAGCAAGAGUUGUAUUUCCUCCCUGUUGUAAUUGAAGACAGCAGUUAUCCCAUUCAGAGCAGCACAAACACAAUGACUAUUCGAGUUUGUAGAUGUGACUCAGAUGGUACCAUCUUAUCCUGCAACGUGGAAGCAAUUUUUCUGCCCGUAGGACUUAGCACUGGGGCUUUGAUUGCAAUUCUACUCUGUAUUGUUAUACUAUUAGCCAUAGUUGUGCUGUACGUAGCGCUGAGAAGGCAGAAGAAGAAAGACACCCUGAUGACCUCGAAAGAAGACAUCAGAGACAAUGUCAUCCACUACGAUGAUGAGGGAGGUGGGGAAGAGGACACCCAGGCCUUCGACAUCGGGGCUCUGAGGAACCCUAAAGUGAUUGAAGAGAACAAAAUUCGCAGGGAUAUAAAACCAGACACCUUCUGUUUACCUCGGCAGAGACCGCCAGUGGAAGACAACACAGACAUAAGGGAUUUCAUUAAUCAAAGGCUGCAGGAAAACGAUGUGGACCCAGCUGCCCCACCCUAUGACUCCUUGGCCACAUACGCCUACGAAGGCAGUGGAUCGGUGGCCGAGUCCCUCAGCUCCAUAGACUCGCUCACUACCGAGGCCGACCAGGACUACGACUAUCUCACAGGCUGGGGGCCGCGCUUCAAAGUUUUGGCAGACAUGUUUGGUGAAGAAGAGAGUUAUAACCCUGAUAAAGUCACCUAGAGGAGACGCGAAGGCUGCAACACGGCGGAACAGAGGAGUUUUAAAAAAGGAAAGAAGACCCAAAAGAAAUUUCACACACACACACACACACACACACACACAGACCGCCCCAAGAUGCUUUACAGGAUCUUAUUCCUUUGACUAUCUGAUUUCUAGCAAGUUGCUCUAUUCAUCAUAUUUGUCAGGUUUUUUUUGUUUGUUUGUUUGUUUAUUCUGCCUACAUGAGAUAAAUCCUAUAACAUGUACUUGCUUUGUUUGGUUCUAUUAUUUCAGAAACACACUGAGAGAAGCUCAGGCCUAUACAUACACUUUUCUGACAUGACAACCAGAACGGAGCUCACCAUGUGGCAUCACGGUGGAAGAGUGUUAGAUUUUUCUUAAUUCCACUAAAGUGCCUAUUGAAACUCUUACCAUUUCAAGUGGUGUACGCUACACUCUGCCGUGGUGGCUGGCCGGAUUCAGCAUAAAGAAGAACAAAACAAAGACAGCGUCUUUGCGUGAACGAGCAAUAGCAGCACGCUGACUCUUCCCAUUCCUUCCAGAAAACAAGAAGACAACUUUCCGAACUCCAUCUUCUUACAAUUCAAAGGCUUUUCCUUCUUUUUUAAACUGUGUACCUAAACGUACUUGUUUUUCCUACCCUUUCAGAAAGCAGAAAUAAAUGUGAUCAUAUAAAAUUCAAUAUGUAAGUCAUGAAUUCUAAAAGCAAUGUUUGAUCUUAGCAUUACUUCAUCCUAAAAGUGUUCAUUAAACAUUACUUUUUAUCCAAAAAAUUAAGGAAAUAGGAAAAAAAAUCCCUCUUUCUAAAGAGAAGCCUCAGGACACAAAUGCCACAUUAAAAUAAAUAUUGGUUUUGUUUAACACUGUAUUGUUGUGUGGGAAAUUGGUUUUAAAAAUCACCAGACCAUUUAAGCUUUCAGUCAUAAAUAAAAUUGCAAGUUGUGCCUCUGUGCAAAUUUCUGGGGGGAACAAAUUGCCAUUUACUUUAAACAGGGGAAGAAAAAUAUUGGUCCAAAGCUUCUCAGAGUGUUUUCCAAUUGAGUUAAUCCUUGAUGAGGAGUGGAAACAAAAUGCAUAUCAAGAAAUGUCAUGAAUUUAUAACAUGUCUAAAAUAUUUAUUAUAUGUAAUGAAAACAGUAAAAAUCAGGGAAUACAGAAAAUCCAAAGCAACGACUAAAUCAUAAAAUGUACAAAAGUGCAAAAUCAGGCAACUUACUGACUUAACUAACAUGGGUUCCAGCUCUGUGAACAUUAUUGUUCUAUGAGAAGUCAAAGUUCUUCAUUUUCUCAUCUACAAUAAUCCUAAUAAAUGCAUCUCCUCUGUAAAGACCUUUUUAUUAGAUGCAAAUUUCUUUGAAAUCAUAGAUCCCAUGAGUAUUUAAGUAAACCAGUCACAUAUAUUACUUUUAUGUAGAUUGUGCACUAUCUAGAAACACAAAAUAAAUGUGGACUAAAUAGCAAGUAAUAUAUUUCUCAAUAUCAUGUAACUCUAAAUACUUGAUACUAUGUAUCAAGUAACUACUAAAACAUUGAUACUAUGUAUAGGAAUAAAAUCAGAGUUGUUAGGUCCGCCCUGAAGAUACAGUCAAUAUCUAGGCAUACUUAUGAAAUAUUGAUCCAUGUAUGCAUAUGUAAUAUCUGUAAGAUUGCAAAGGAAGAUGAAUACAUGGGAAAACAGGUAAAAGCAUCGAUGACAAUGGCAAAUUAUUUUCAUCUCUAUUCUCUCACAAACACUUGUUUUAAAAUUGUCUGACUAAAGAUUAUGCUGCGGCAAUGGGGCCAUAUGAAUCUGCAUCUCUCAUCCCUUUCUUUGCCACCUUCCAAUUGCAUACUCUUCUGCCUAUCAAGAAUGGCUGCUGAACUUGUUUUCCUCCACUAUAGCCUCAGUUUUACCUUUGAUUCAUCCCUUGCAAUUGCAUUGCAAUAUUCAUGGAGUGUAAUCAUUUGCAGCAAAACACACUUUGGAAGACAUGUCAUUUUUUUAAAAAAUUAAUUAUGUCAUAACCAUACUGGAGAGAAAAUUUUAGGCAACUUCUGGGUUUGUCCAAGCAACAUGAUGCACAAUGAAAGGAGGUACUCCUCCAAGACCAAUGCUAUAGACAGGAGGAUUCUCGUUGGGAACUAUUAUAUUUUGCAUUUUGCAAAGAAUCUAUCUCUGUCUGCAGACAUGCAACAGCAGUAGUAGUGUUGGCAUUAAAGAAAAAAAGAAACACUGGGGAGGGACAAGUCAUUUCAAGCACAUGACAGCAAAACUAUGAAACUGACAAAUAUUUUACCAAAUGUGCACAUCUUCAGUAUCUGUCUUUAUCUUUGCAAUAUCAUUCCAGUGCUAAGGCUUCAGUAUCAAAGAACUACAGACUGUGUCUUCUAAAACAGAAAUUUAUUUCCUCACAAUUCUGCAGGCUAAAAGGCGAAGAUCAAGGUGUCAGUAGCUUUGGCUUCUUCUGAGAGCUUUGUCACAGUUUUACCUCUGAGCUUAAGUUCCAUGUCACUUACAGACACUUACAAGGACACCAAUGCUACUGGAUUAGUGCCUAUGCAUCGGGCCUCUGUAAGCUUAAUUAUUUCUUUAAAGGCUUUGUCUUUGAGCACAGUCACAUUUUGAGGUACAUGUGUGUUAGGAGGAGGCACAUUCAGCUCACAACAACCACAUAGAUGUUGGCAGCAUUUUUUCCCAAGAAAACAUUUCAUGCACAACAUUCAAGCGAGAAAAUAAAUAUGCAGAAAAGAAAAAACUCAAAUGGAAACAAUUUCAGGUAAAUGGAGAACCAGAGGAGUGAUAACAUUAAAAUAAUUUUUUGGUGCUUGUAAAUAGGAAGUGUGAUGGAUAUCUUCUAUGACAAGCACUGGGCCUAGUUCUUAAUACUUGUAUUAUUGUGGGAUUCUUUUUUAUUGAUAAUAACACAUUUCCCGGCCUUCAUUCAACCAUUGAGCAAUACAAAAAGUGUUUAUGAUUUGUGAGAGAAUUUUUACUAUUAAUAAUUACAUCAUACUUUUGUUACUGCCUUGCAUGUUUACCUUUAUAAAGUAUAUAUUAAAUGUAAUUUAUGUAUCCUAUUUAUACAUUUUAAAAAUAUCACCUUUAAUUGUAUUCAUUGAAGUAGCAGACCAACACCUAAGAGUGGAACAAUGUGAUUGUAUCCUAGGAAUAAUCUGAAAUUUCUUUUGUACCAAAUUUUGUGUCUGAUGAGAAACGUCAUAUUGGGAAACUUCAUGCACAGUCCCCCAGCGUUCUAUUCCUUAUGGUAAAAUUAAUUUGUUGCACUUAGUAUUGAUUAAAUUUCCUCCAAGAUUUCUUGAUUCGUAAAUUCUAGUUAUAAUCAUAUGUAGUCCAUCAAAUAAUUUACAUAAAAUUAUUGCAUAAAACAUGAUAUUGCGUAAGUUCAGAGAUCUUUAAAACCUAAGGUAAACAUCAAAUCUUUGAAUUAUGGAUUUGCUUGAUCAUACUCUAAAACUAACCACUUUUACCAUAUGAAAUAAACCUUGCAAUCAUUACUUAAGUGCAGAUAUCAAAAUUAUUCAGCAAAGUCAAAUGGAAGAGAGAGGGAAGGAAGUGACAAAAUAAUUACAGCCCAGAUCUUGAGUUGCAGACUUUCACCAAGUGAUACAAAGUUCAGAAGAGCUGUGCUAUUCUCUGUAGAAAUCCCUGGAAACAUUCCAACACCGAUCUCAUAAAAAUUGGGAUUCAGCCUCAAUUCACUUCCUCAGAAAAGAAGAAUAUGAGAUUGCACCCUUGUGGCUUGGAACUCCCUUCCCCCUCACCUAAUGCACAGUUUUAGAGGGUAAAUGAUUCAUUUGCAAUUAUUUUUCCUCAAUAUUUUGAAGAUACCUUUCUGUGAUAUGCUAGUAUUUAACCCAGAUAGAGACACAGAAGAAUGGGUGUGUCUCUCCUUCCUCUCUGUGUGAUGCGAUUUUUGCACACAUUUUUUCUUAUCCUCAUUGUUAUAAGAUUUCACAAAAUGGAUCUUUGAUCAUUCUUAGUGGUUCCUUCCUACAUGGAGCUUCGGAAUUUUCAGUUCUCAGAGGGUUCCUUGUACUAAAUUUAUGAUAGUUUCCUACCCUGAAUUUUUCUGUUCUCUGUGAGCUUUAAAAAAAAAUUAUUGGCCGGCGCCGUGGCUCAGUGGGCUAAUCCUCUGCCUGCUGCGCCGGCACCCCAGUUUCUAGUCCCAGUCGGGGCACCGGAUUCUGUCCUGGUUCCUCCUCUUCCAGUCCAGCUCUCUGCUGUGGCCCGGGAGUGCAGUGGAGGAUGGUCCAAGUGCUUGGGCCCCGCACCCGCAUGGGAGACCAGGAGAAAGCACCUGGCUCCUGGCUUCAGAUCAGUGUGGUGCGCAGGCCUCAGCGUGCCGGCCCCAGUGGCCGUUGGGUGGUGAACCAACGGAAAAGGAAGGUCUUUCUCACUGUCCACUCUGCCUGUUAAAAAAAAAAGAUUUAUUUAUUUAUUUGAGAGUCAGAGUUACACACAAAGAGGAGGGGUAGAGAGAAAGAUGGAGAAGUCUUCCAUCCCAGGCUCACUCCCCAGUUGGCCCCUCCGAAGCCAGGAGACAGGAGCUUCUUCCAGAUCUCCCCCACGAGUACAGGGGCCCAAGGACUUGGGCCAUCUUCCAUUGCUUUCCCAGGCCUUAGCAGUGUGUCGGAUUGGAAGUGGAGCAGCUGAGACUUGAAAGCACCCAUAUGGGAUGCUGGCACUGCAGGCAGCGGCUUUACUCGCUAUGCCACAAAGCUGGCCCCCUAUCAUAUUUUUAAUUUGAGGGUUUUUGGAUGCUCUGGAUUCAAGUUAAUUGUAUUUUCAUCCUUUCUUUUGAAAAGAUUUAAUUAUUUAAUUUAAUUUAAUUUAUUCGUGAGGCAGAGUGACAGACAAAGAGAAGGAGAGACAGAUAUUCCAUCUACUGGUCAUUCCCCAGAUGGCCACUAGGCCACAAGGCCAAUCCAAAACCAGGAGCCAGGAGCUACUUUUAUGUCUCCCACAUGGUUGCAGGGGCCAAAGCACCUGGGCCAUCUUGCACUGCUUUCCCAGGCUAUCAGCAGAGAGCUGGAUCAGAAGAGAAGCAGCUGGGACACGAACUAGAGUCUUUAAGAAGCUUAGCUUACUCUGCUACAGUGCUGAUCCCAAGAUUUAAUUAUUUAUUUGAGAAACAGAGUUACAGAGAAGUAAGGAGAGAGAGAGGGAGAGAGAGAGAGAGAGAGAAUCUUCCGUCUGCUACUUCAAUCCCAAAAUGGCCACAAUAGCUAUGGAUGAGCAAGGCUGAAGCUAAGUGCCUGGAGCUCCAUCCAGGUCUCCAACCUAUUUGACAGGGUUCUGAGUAAUUGGACCAUCUUCUACUGCCUUCCCAGGCAGAGUAGCAGGGAACUGGAUCAGAAGUGGAGCAGCAGGGACUCAACUCAGCACUCAUAUGGGAUACCACUAUUGCAGGCAGCUUAACCUGGAACACUACUACACCAGCCCCUAAUUGUAUAUUCUUAACUAGGAUUUUCUGCCUUGUGUUUUAUUCUAUUUCCAUAAGUCUUUCUUGACUUUCUCAGAGGAUGCUAUUUAGGCUGCUUUUUAAAAAUUUGAUAAUCCUAGUUUUUUCUUGCAUCAUGUGCUUCAAACACAGUACAAAAAAUGGGAAUACCCAUUUUAACUUGCUCUAUUUCAGCCUCAUCUCUCCUCAUUCCAGCUUUUUACUACACUGAGUGUGUUCAAGUCCUGACAUAUACAUUAGGAGAGAGGACAAAUUCUCUACCAAGCUGCAGCAGUCAUCUCUAAUCUGAACCUUGUCUGCCCUGUUCCAUCCAUCUCUAUUCAUUUACCCUAAAUACUUGUUGGCUAAUGGUCCAUUUGCCAAACUCUUUAUUGUUGUGAACACACAAGCACACAAAUACAGGCACGUGCAUUUAUCUAUAAUAGAGACAUAAUAGGUAGAAAUUACUAUUACAAUGUACUUUCUUAUUCUUAAAUUAUACUAUCAUUGUAACUUCAUCCCAGGAUGAAAGAGACAUGAAGAUGUUCAUGCAAUUAGUUAUAAUGUCUGAAACCCUUGAGAAAAAGCUCAUAAUUUUUCCUUUCAUAUCCACCAUUAUAAAACAAUAACAUGUAUACCUACACAUAUAUUUCAGUAUUUAUAAGUCCAACUUUCAUUGUGGAUUUCCACUGAUUCCUUUACUCAGGUUUUUAUUUGUUUGUAUGUCUUCAUUUUCAAAACAAUCAGUCUAGUUUGCUAAGCUUCUCAAUUUCCUAAACUUUAUCAGGACUUUGAUCAUGUGUUGUCUUAUUGUAGUACUUUUUUAAGAUUUAUUUUUUAUUUGAAAAUCAAUGUUACACAGAGAGAGAAGGAAAGGCAGAGAGAGUGAGAGGUCUCCCAUCCACUGGUUCACUCCUCAGUUGGCCAAAAUUGCCAGAGCUGCGCCAGUCCAAACCCAGGAGCAAGGAGCUUUCUCUGGGUCUCCCAUGCGGGUGCAGGGGCCCAAGGACUUGGACCAUCUUCCACUGCCUGCCCAGGCCAUAGCAGAGCUGGAUCAAAAGUAGAGUAGCCUGGACUUGAACUGGUGCACAUAUGGAAUGCUGGCACUGUAGGAGGCAGCUUGUCUCACUUUUAAAUUAAAGAAAUAGGAAAUAAGCAUGGACAAACAACUGAGGAAAAUUUUUUAAAAAUGCAAAACUAACAAAGAGUGAUGGCCGGUACUGUGGCACAGCUGGUUAACGCCCUGACCUGAAGCGCCAGCAUCCCAUAUGGGUGACAGUUCGAGUCCCGGCUGCUCCUUUUCCAAUCCAGCUCUGCUAUGGCCUGGGAAAGCAGUAGAAGAUGGUCCAAAUCCUUGGGCCCCUGCACACACGUGGGAGACCCCGAAGAAAAUCCUGGCUCCUGGGCUUCGGAUUGGUGCAGCUCCGGCCCUUGUAGCCAUAUGGGGAAUGGGCCAGCGGAUGGAAGACCUCUCUCUCUGUCUACCUCUCUCUGUAACUCUGUCUUUCAA